AUGGAGCAGUCCUCUCCGCCUUUGAAUGGCUUGUCUUGCUGUGCGAGGUUGAGCACGCAUGGUUCUGGUUCCUAUCACUGGUCCGACGCCGCUUCCAAGUCUUUGACUGACCUCCACUCUCUACAUGAGGGGAACCUUUGGCUUGAGAUUGAAGAGAGCUCUGAAGCUUCAAGAGCUCUAGCACCACCGCCCGGCCGCCGCCUGCCGCCGGACCACCGCCCGGCCGCCGCUUGUCCGCCAGACCACCGGCCGCCGCCUCUGCCGCCAGACCACCGGCCUGCCUGCCUCUGCCGGACCACGCCCGUGCCCGCCUCGGCCAGCUGCCCUGGCCCGCCGCCUGCCGCCGGACCUCCGUCCCGGGCCGACCGCCUCCAUCGCGGACUACCGCACCGGCCGCCGUACCUGCCACCAGACCAUCGCCCGGCCGCCGCCUACUACCGUCGAACAACUGCCCGGCUGCCGCUGCCUGCGCGACCCGCCGCCCGCGGCCUGUCGCACACAAACAGCCGUGCCUUCCCCAGGACCACCGCCUGGGCCGCUGCCUGCAACCGGACUUCAGACCGACCUUCGUCGGACUACCGCUGGCUGCCGCCCUCCCAGACCAUCGCCCGGCCGCUGCCGUACUCUGCCGUCGAACAAAACUGCCCGUGCUCGUCUGCCUGCUGCAGGACGCCCGGCCCGCGCGCCUUGUCGCCGGACCGCCGCCCAGCCGUGCCUUCCACCAGACCACCGCCUAGUCGCUGCCUGCAACCGGACUUCAGACCGACCUUCGUCGGACUACCGCUCGGCUGCCGCCGGUCGCCGCCUGCCAGACUUCAGCCUGACCUUCGUCGGACCAUCGCCCGGCCGCCACCUGCCGGACAUCCGUACGACCAUCUCCAGACCUUUGACUGUCUCUCCAAAUCACUGUAA